AACCAAUAACUGGAAAAGUCUAUAUAUUGAACUAACUUUAUAGUCAAUAGAACAUUAAGUAACUUACAUUACAAAGAAACCUGUUCUUCCCAUGAGACUGCCGUGGGCAAUUUGCAUAUAAUAUAAUGCUGUUUUGUUUAAUUUGUCGUCCAGUAGUUGCUGUUCGACUAUAGAACCAUCUGCUGAUUGUCUGGAAUUAACCAUAGGUCGACACCGAACAUUUUAUAUACACGUAAUUUGUAGACAUUCUAUAAUAACAUGUGCUAUCAUGCAUAGUAAAAUAAACAUGGUGUUAAUAUCAAUAGGAACUAGUCUUUUUACAGCUGCGCCUGCAUUGCUCGAGUCAAAUAGGUGCAUGAUGUAACACGUCUGUAGUAAACCGUUCGGGUCUAUUGCCUCUGCUGCUUAGUAGAUAGUGCUAGCAUGUGAUGAUUAGAUAAACCACGUUAGACUUAUGAACAAGAAUAAGCUGCAAAUUUACUGGAAAUUUGGAACGCGUUAUGGAUAUACGGAUCUGCAUGAUGAAUCAUUUCACCAGCGGAUUUUUUGCAGAACGACCACUUCAUUAUGUGUUUGGCCAAAGCUCAUAAAAUUUCUGGUGAUUUCUUCUGAACCGCCUUUAUAGAGGACGUAUCAAAUACUUCACGUAAAUUUACAAGGCUUCAUUACCAUGGACUCAUGUUCAACCAUACUAAGUUACCUGUUUUACCAUAUUAUCGACGAUUUCGAUCUUUGAUGCUGAGUAAUGUUUUUAGUUGUAGAACUACGUGUAACAGAUUGAAAAGAUGGUUUGGGAAUCCGUCAGUCUGAAAAAUUUUUAAUUGUGAGCACCAGCACCGUGCUGUUUCGCCCAGCCAUUUUCUGAUUCCCCUAAAUUUCUAUUUGAGUUGUGUCUAUAAUCGGCUUAUUGGAGACUUACAGUAGUUUGAGAAAUCGGGAUAAUUAAUACUGCUCCUAAGCUGUUCUGAUUUCAAUUUCUCUUUGCACUCCACGCUGGGCUGAAAAGAUAUUUUCGCCCUGGAAAAUAGCAGAACAUGUCAAGGGCGGUUCCUGGGAGACGAGAACGACGUUCUCAGACCGCCAGUUAAUAUUCGCGCCGCUAUCCAAAAGUUCCUAGCCCUAAAAGCAACUAGUCACUCAAAUCAGAGAAAAAUACUGAUUAGGUUAGCUGAGUCAGAACAGUCACGCUCAGGCAAGAUUCGCUCUGGCAGCUUUUUCUCUUACCGCAAAAACAAAUGGAUGCAUUCAAUUGAAGUUCGGGAAGAACAGCGAGGAUUUCGCAGGCAGGAAGCUUGACGCCCUGGAGCUGUCCGACGCCCAUUCAGUGUGUCUAAUCGACAAUGUCGGUGCGAGUAUUAAAUUCCGACGUGCAAGACUUAGGCGAAGGACCUCACUGGGAUGCUGUAAACGGCCGCUUGCUCAUAGUUGACAUUGAUCAGUUUGCGGUCAUGUUUAUUGAUCCGGUAAACGGUGAUAUUACUGCCAGGCACAAAUUCGAUGACAAGGUGGGAGCCGUGAUUCCUUACGCCUCGGAUUCCAAUAUUAUGGUGGUGGCAGUCGCAAAUCGCCUGGUUAAAUACGACUCGGUAAAAAGAGAAAUCCUUGAGACACUCGUUGAUGUGACAAAUCACGAAAAAAACGUUCGUACCAGAAUCAACGAUGCCAAAUGCGAUCCCUAUGGACGCAUUCUAUUUGGCACGAUGAUGUACGAAACUCCCGAAGAAGUUUACCCAGAAAACAUUGGUAAAUUAUUUAGCUAUUCUGGAAAUGGAGGUCUCAAAGUGUUGCUUCAGGAUGUGUCCCUGUCCAAUGGGCUUGCCUGGACCCGCGACAACAAAACCUUUUUCUAUAUCGACUCAAUCCCGAACAAAACUCUAACCGCUUACGACUACAGCGACGAGGGAGAAAUAUCCAAUCCUUGCGUUUUGGUGGAUUUCAAGACUGAGGCAUGGAGUGGAAUGGGGGUACCGGAUGGAAUGACGAUCGACGUCCAGGAUAAUCUCUGGGUAGCUCUCUUCGGUGGUAAUAAAAUACUUAACAUUGAUUCGAGGGAUGGCAAGUUGCUCAACCAAGUAAAUAUACCAUCCCUUAAUACGACGUCAGUUUGCUUCGGGGGCGCCGAUCUGAGCACGCUGUUCGUAACAUCUGCGGGUAAACACAACGUGCCAGAGGGACUGAACGAACCGAACGGAGGUAAUACGUUUGCCGUCACUGAUCUGGGCACGAAAGGUCGGCUUGCUGUGAGUUUUGCUGGCUGAAACCCCUCGUUUCAUCUAGCGGCACCGGCAGAUCCUGUAUUGUCAUGAGGUACACCAUAAAUAUGCCGGUUCCUGUCAACGGAAUGCAUAUUGUUACGUAAUGACCGCUGCCACAUUAAAAUAAAUUCAACUAAAGUAACUUCACCAAAACGACUCGCUAAUCAUUUAAUUAACGAUGGACCACAUGAAAUUAAUUCAUCGUAAUUUUUUUCUGACUGGUAAUUCAAUAAAUGCGUGAGCAUAAUGUA